AUGCCGAGAGACACUGGUCUACCGUCAGGGUCCUCGACUGGAGCCGUCCUGGUUGACGGGGAGCUGAAAGACAUCAAGUCUGGAAAGGUUGUGACGACGGAGACAACGGAAUUCUUUGAAAAAACCUCCGCUCAAAAGAGUGACUUUGAAUACCUAGAAGGAGAUGAUACCCGGUUUAAGCGCUUCCUGAGCUCUUUCAAACGGGCUCAUGGGUCCGGUGGGACUGAUACUGAGGGCGGCGGUGGACAAAAUGCCAAACAUGAGAACCUGAAGCAAACGAUCAAGUCGAGGCAUAUGAUUAUGAUUUCGCUUGGCACCGGUAUCGGUACUGGUUUGUUGGUUGGUAGUGGUACUGCCCUGCACGACGGUGGUCCUGCAGGUUCUGCCAUUGGUUUCUUAAUUAUGGGUCUGUGCGUCUACUGUGUCAUCCAAGCCGCUGGCGAGCUAGCCGUGUGCUACACAUCAUUGGCAGGUGGAUUUAACGCCUACCCGUCAUUUCUAAUUGAUCCUGCGCUCGGUUUCGCAACUGCAUGGGUUUACUGUUUACAGUGGCUCUGUGUCUUCCCACUAGAGUUAGUCACUGCAUCCAUCACCAUCAAGUUCUGGCCUGGGUCUCGGUCAGUGAAUCCAGAUAUUUAUGUUGCCAUCUUCUAUGUUCUCAUUAUCGUUAUCAACUUUUUCGGGGCCAGGGGGUACGCAGAAGCCGAGUUCUUCUUCAAUAGCUGUAAGGUGCUUAUGAUGAUCGGGUUUUUCAUUGUCGGCAUUCUCAUCAACACCGGCGCUGUUGGUACCUCGGGCUACAUCGGAGGCAAGUACUGGAGAGAUCCGGGCUCUUUGGGCGGUCGUACACAUUUCGAUCAUUUCAAAGGUAUCGUUGCUACCCUAGUCAACGCAGCAUUCUCUCUCGGUUGCUCUGAAUUUGUAGCUCUGACGGCUGCAGAACAGGCUAACCCCAGGAAGUCGAUUCCUGCUGCUGCAAAGAAGAUGAUCUACAAGAUUUUUGUUGUUUUCUUGGGCUCAGUAAUUCUUAUUGGUUUCUUGGUGCCCAAGGACUCGCAUGAGCUUAUGGGCUCUAAUGAUUCCGAUUUGCAUGUUUCACCAUACGUCAUUGCUGUCAGAAUGCACGGUGUUAACGUCGUCCCCAGUUUUAUUAACGCAGUCAUCCUUCUCUCCGUGCUUUCAGUCGGUAACUCAGCAUUUUACUCUUCCUCCCGUCUGCUACACUCGCUGGCGGAACAGAACUAUGCGCCAAAAAUCUUUAAGUACAUCGAUCGCGCAGGAAGACCUCUCAUGGCCAUGAUCAUCUCGAUUCUUUUCGGUACCAUAUGUUUUGUUGCUGCAUCUCCAAAAGAAGAGGAGGUCUUCAAGUGGCUAUUGGCCAUCUCUGGCCUCUCUCAGCUCUUCACAUGGUCGACUAUCUGCCUAUCACACAUCCGCUUCCGCCGCGCGCUUGCUGUGCAGGGCUAUUCUACAGAUGAGCUCGGAUUUAAGGCGCAGACAGGUAUCAUUGGCUCGUACGUAUCCGCUAUCAUGAUGGUGCUCGCUCUGAUCGGGCAGUUCUGGGUGUCGCUCGUGCCUAUGGGCGCGACAGAACCAGAUGCCGAGUCUUUCUUCACAGGCUACCUUGCCAUGCCAAUGUUCCUGCUAUUCUACUUUGGCUACAAGAUCUGGAACAAGGACUGGCGCCUCUUUAUCCGGGCUGACCAAAUUGACCUGGUCUCGCACCGUCGCAUCUUCGACGCAGACGUGCUCAAACAAGAAGACAUCGAGUACCGCGCAAAGCUACGCAACUCCAGCAUCUGGCACAGGAUCGCCAAUUUUUGGUGCUAA